AAUAGGUCGAAGAAGUAGUAAUCUAGCAAUUUCUCUGUAUCAACAGGAUAUUCACUAGCAGUACGUCGAGAAUAAUGAGGCGUCUAGUGUUAUUCCGAAGUCGUGCUGUCGGUUAGAGUGCUGGCCCCGCAGGGGCCCUUGCGUGGAUGCUCUUAGUGCAGACCCCUACUGCGUAUAAGAGAAGCUAGUUCUAGUACAACCACUGCGGAUAGUUGUAGCUGCAGGUGCUUAUUGUUCGAGUAGCAGAAGUGUUGUUCGAAUUGAAGGUGUCUUGUGCACGUUGAGGCAUGAUACCGGUAUUUUGUUGAAGGGUCAUCAAGGAAUACGAGACCGCUCUCUUACUCUUUCUCCGACUCCUGCUGUAAGAACUUCUCCGACUACAUCUCGAGAUACGACUAGCACGGUAAAGUGAACGUCGUGGAUCGACCUGUGCUCUUCUCCGGCGUACUACCUCACUCACUAGCCGUUUCUUUGCGAUACAACAGCACUACACCAACACCUCUUACAUUUGCGCACCUACUUGCCUAUCGUUGUUCCCUAAACCCUAUCGUUGUACAAUCACCGACACAGCUUUCAACUACGCCUCCACAUCAAGUACUAGUUCUCGACCUUGCACUACUACAUCUCACCAGCUGCGCAGAGAUUGUCACCAGCCAGCUUCCUUUUCGAGAACACCUCCACCCUCAUCAAGAACACCUCCAACAUUUGUCUUACAAAAAGUGCUAGUACUACUGUAGUAUUCACAAGUUGUAGGACUACCCCACAUCAAGAAUUAUUGGGACAAGAAGUAGUCUACUUGUGGUGACAAGAACCCCACAUCUUCAAGAAGAAUUAUUACAAGAAGAUGCAGUUCGAAGAUCAGCAUCGGCUUCUCGAUGAAGCAGGUGCGGUGGUGAAAGAGCAGGCUUUUUACAUGAAAAGAGCCAUCGACGCUGAUAAUUUGAGGGAAGCCUUGAAGCACGCAAGCAAUCUCAUAUGUGAGCUGCGAACAAGCUUGCUCUCACCAAAAAACUACUACGAGCUCUAUAUGCAGGUACAACUUCAUCUACUUACUACAUCUAUUUAGAAGUAAGCGUAAGAAUUGACUUGUUUUUAGAUCUCCGAGGAAGAACACAUACAUAGGACAUACCACUAACAUCAAGAGGACUCCUGUGAUUAUUUUCGAGCUACUGCUGGUUGACUGUACUUCAUGUCAAUUACUCGAUGUAAGCAGUCACUCUAAUAAACUUAUUCUCGAACUUGAUGAUAAUCCCGACGAAUGUUGAUAUCCAUGAACAUAAGUAAUCCAACAACUCCUUUCCCAGGUUUUCGAAGAAUUGCGACAUCUAGCGGAAUUUUUUUCAGAUGUUCGGCGACACAACAAGCGAAUGUCCGACCUCUACGAGAGCGUACAGCAUGCAGCGAAUAUCCUGCCAAGGCUUUACUUAUGGCACCAUUUUUUUAUGCUAUCUCGUGAGUGUUUCAAAAACAAAGAUCCAAUCUUUCAAAUUGAUAUGUGGUCGCUUUGUCUUCUGAAUGCAGGUGUUUGUGUUCGUGGGUUACUAAGACUACCAGUCAAUUUGAAUUAUAUGUAACGUACAUCACCCACCGACCCCCUUCUUUUCUCCACCCUCGUUCAUACCACCUCUUGGUCACCGUCGGCGCCGCGUACAUCCAGAGUAAGGAGACAUGUGCGGGAGAAGUCCUUAAGGACGUCUCGGAGCUCUGCAAGGGCGUGCAGCAUCCAACACGAGGAUUGUUUCUUCGGUAUUUAAGACAUUUGUAAAUGAUCAUGCUACUUAUAAUUUUUUUCUAUUUUAUUGAUUUUGAUUUGGUGACUUUUUUUUUUGAUUUUGACGUGACAUACACACGAUCACUCGCAGGUACUAUCUUUCGCAGAUGAUGAAGGAUCGGUUACCAGAUGCAGGCAGUGAAUUCGAGACAGAGACUUGUGGGGUACAGGAUGCGUUUGACUUCGUUCUUCAGAAUUUCAUCGAAGCGAUGAAACUAUGGUGCCGUAUUCAAAUCAGCGGAAAGGACCGGGCAAGACGUGAAAAUUAUGUCGAGUUCAGUAGAAAUCGGACUUCUACUAAUUUCGCCAUCAUAUUUCCUAGGUUGUUCCCUCCAUCCAAUUCUAGUAGUCUUUUUGGUUUGACCCUCUCAAAAGUGUUUGCUCGCUGUACCUUUCUUUCGUCCUAAGAAUCCGAGUCACUCACUUCUUGCAGCAACUCGUCAACCAACUUCUUCUAAUACAAAGAAAGGCAAGAUUUGUCGUCAUUAGUUGGCGCAAACCUUGUGCGAAUGUCGCAAUUGGACGGCGUGACAUGGGAAUUUUAUCGGGAUUACGCACUUCCGAAACUCCUAGAACACCUUCUCCAGACCAAAGACGCGAUGGCCCAACAAUACACUCUGGACUGCAUAAUACAGGUAUUCCUAAUUGCAGAAAUACGAAUGCACUCCUUCUGCUUUUAGAUUGUCUAGAAGUACUAGAUACAGGAGGCAAGAAAACACAGCAAGAGCACCUCUUAGGUACAAGACCCUUCAUCCCCUUGAUGGUAUUUCAUCGUUCAAGCACUGAAUCCAACACGACCUUCAUCAACCAGGUCUUUCCCGACAACUACCAUCUCUACACACUGGAAAAGCUCCUAACCGCGUGCACCCAAGUUCAGCCUGGAGUUGACUUGAAGCAGGUGGUAGUGACUUUGAUGAACCGCCUGGCGCGUUUCAUGAACAAUAGAACGCCGUCACCCACCGACGAUGGAGAUAUCGAAGAUUUGUUCGCGGAUAUCGACAUCUUCUCUUUGUUUCGGAACUUCUUGGCACAGAUUUUGGACAGACAGCAAACACUCGAAGCAGGACCAUUGCUAGAAUUGCAGGUAACAACAUAAGCUUAUGAGUGUGAGUGUCGAUGAACGGGCGAAGGAGGUGACGCGCCUUGCCGUCUCAGUAACUUAAACACUUGGCAGAAAUCAGACGACCACCGGGACAGGCUGCCGGUCUUUCAGCAAUGUCACUCGUCAGGAUGCAGAUGGUGAGGCCCAUCAUGUAGAGGAUGCCGGUGCGUCAGAUGUACAAGGGGCGCCGUGCUUCGUCUGCCUGAUACCCCUGACAAUGCAGAAGAAAGGGGCCGCGCUCAGGGGUGCCACCCCUUCGACGCACAUCCCAGCACGGCAGUGGGCCCAGAACAGACGGCGGCCAGUCUGCUGUCGAUGGUGGACCCGCAGCAGCUCACCAUGGUCAUGCCUCUUCUGGUGGCUGCUUGUCAGCGGGGUGACUUUGGCGGGUCACCAGCGUCGCAGCAGAAACGAGCGCCAAAGGCGCGGGAGAUUGCGCACCCGGUGCCACAGCCGGGCGGCAGGUGGCGCAGUCUACUUCGGACAGCAUUAGAGCCCCCCAAACCACAGGGCAACUUAGGCAGUGAAGCGCGCGGCCCUGUCGCGUGAACCUGGCGCAGGCGUUUAAAGUGUUUGCGCUCCUCGGAGGGACGGCGUAGCGCAGUGCGCCGAGGAGCGGGAAACCCUUUACACGAAGGGGGUGGCGUUUUCGGCGAAGGAGAAAGCCCACAAGGUGGAGGCGGAUACCACGAAGACGCGCCGGGUGUUGUGCCGGGAGCAGGUGCAGGCGAUGGAACUGCAGAGGGAGGCCAGUGUCCGCCAAGGUUGGGCCAGAUGGGAGCUGGAGCAGAGCACGGGCCGGCUGGUUUUCAGCAAAACCUCGGCCCUAGGGGCUCAGGCGGUUUCUCAGCUAAGCGCCCCUCUUUGCCUGGUUAGCAAGUAACAAGCUUGCAUACUGCGUCAGGUCUUUAGUCGGCUUCGGCCUCAGGAUGUCCGAGCUUACAGCUUCGGCACCGGGGGGAUCGCUCUCUUCGAAAAUGAUUCAGCUUCGCUUGAUAGAGCGCUGCAGCAGGUCUCGGACUUCUCAGCCUGCAUCUCCUCUCGGCGCCUACUCUUGUUGGAGGUCAUCAAUACGAAGAGGUCGCGCAGCUGAUCGCGCUCCGUCUCAUCAGUGUGGUGGCCACGGCUUCCGCUGCGUCUCGCUCCCGCCGAGUAUGCCGAGCGUGCCGCGCUGGGGCUGGUGCAGGAUGUGACGCAGGCCAAUGCGCGCUACGCUGCUGCUGCUGGUAAUCCCACCGCUGAGCUGAUCGCCCAUCCGCCUUGGGACCCGACGAAUAUCGACAGGAUCUUCGCGAGAGUUAAAGCGAAGAGCCCGACGGGAGAGAAUGCCCAUGAGGGGAUGGCCAAGCUUCGACUUCUCAUGUCUCAACUGCCUGGCUGUUGAGCAAGAUCGUGACUGAGAAACUUACGGCGCGCGAGGUCAUAAGCGCUCUAGCAAGCUGCUAUAAAGACCAGGGGGCGUUGCCGCAUUCUCCUGAAUUUGAGGCCGAUGACAGGGAUUAAGAGGAAAGACCAGACGCCUCAGGGGAACAGGCCCUGCCUAUAUCUCUCGCUGUGGCGAUGCUGAUCCAACAAACUGCCAUGGCAAUCUCGUUGGUGGUCACUGAACCCAGCCCGCUGAAAGCAUGGCGCACGUCGUUCAUUGCGCCUCCUGCUGCACAUGCGCCGGCUCCGAUGUUGGGCGCUCUGCCGACUGAUGACAUCGUGGCCGAAUGCAUUCGCGUCAAGAAAGCCUUCUCCCUCAAUCCGCACGCUAUAGCUGUCGGAAGCGUCGGCGAAAGAAAAUGGCCUCCAAUUCGUGAGCAAGCGGCUGGCGGUGUGAUGUGUGUCAUUUGUCGCGCCAGCCGCCAACCCGGGAGCGGCGCUUGUUCCACGGGGCCAAAAGUAGGGACCAGGUGGCCCCCAGUUUUGGCCUUAUGGAACUACCUGGGCAAAGCACUUCGCGGCUUCUUAUCUGGGAGCUUUCUGCGGUAAUCAAUGGGCAACGAAAUCGGCCGAGCUGUGCCAGUGGUGGCGUGACGUCUUCAAAGCACGACGAAAACGCGCCGGCGCUGGUGGCGCGGCGUCUUCAUCUUCAAAGGGCCUGCUGGCGCUGGUUACGCGACGCCUUCAAAGGGCAAGCGGACACGAGCUGGCGGCCGCGGUAACAGCGGAGGUUCUGGAGACCCAGGGCCUAAGAGUGCGGGAAGGAACUGGCGAAGACAGGCCCAAAAAUGGAGACAACAGUGGCCGGAAACCAAGCAAGGGCGACAAGUCUAACAGCCACAACUCCAGCGCAAGCGUUAGGGGGAAGAAGUCUUCUAUUGGUGCUGAUGCCGACGGAGGCGGCGGGGGCGAUGAAAAAGACGAUGACGACGGCGGCAACUUCAGGCCCUCAGGCGGGGGCCUGGCUGCGCGGCUAUCUUCUUUCGGGUUUCGAUUGUCUUCGCCGUUCGCUCCUCGGGUUGCUUGCAGCACGGGAGGAAGCGCAGCCAGAAGGGACAGCAGUGACCCCCUCGCGCUCUCUCUGUCACUUCGCUGCCGGUGGCGUUGCAGCCAUUUAGCUCCACUGUCGCCGGGUGUUUUCUGGGCGUCCAUAUCUGCGCUCUUUGCUGACGCCAGGAAAUGUAUGAGACGUCCGCGGCCCCGGUGCGGCGUACUUCUCUGGGGGUCCCAUGAGUGGGGCAAGAUUCUUAGCCGGGAAAUUUACUGAGAGCGCCGCUUUUCCUUUGAGGGGGAUGGGCUUAAUGGGCUGAGCUAGCCUUAAUGCGCGCAUGAGAUCUAACUUAUUCUAAAUAGAUAGUUUAGCCUUACCUUCUUCCAAUCGAAAACUUGUCGGACAAUCAUCUUUCAACGCCGCACUUAGGGCAACAAAGGACAGAAUAAAAAUGAAGCUCCUCUAGUGUAGCGCUCUACACACGUGCAAAGGCCAGAAGCUGAAAGUUCUGAAUUCUAGGCUCAGACCGUUUUUUGUUUGCUGUAAAAAGAAUAUUAGUACUUUGGUCUUCCUCGGUCCAUCUCGUCAUUAUUGAUGAAUUAUGGUAGUAGUAGUACCCUGUUGAUGUACCAAGACUAACGUGUGGCAGUGGCUGUACCUGGAGGGUGCUGAUCUUUGAUAAAAUUAUUUCAUUACAUCUACUUUCGAAGGUUGCUUUCCUGAAUUUCACGCUCACGUUGUAUCCCGAACGAAUUCACUACGUCGAUGUCAUUUUGAGUGGAGCUGUGAACCUGUUGCUUCGACAUCUGGGCUACGACAAUGAGCAGUCCACUCCGCAGAAACUAGAGGAUGCUUCUUCCAUAGCGUCAGUAGUCGAAAUUCUCUCUGCGCCUGUCAGAACCUUUGGCUUGACUGUCUUGAACUUAGAACACUACGGCAAUCUAGUGCAGUUGCUUUCCUUCACUGGCAGAAAACAAGCUAGCGCGGCCUUGUUGCAGUUGGUUUUGCAGAACGAUAUGCGGUUGAGUUCUGAAGAGGACCUAAAACGGCUUUUGAGACUCUUAACGCCACUACUCCAAGACGACCCAGAACAGGUUCAACAUCUUCAGCCCGGCUCUGGUGCUAGUGGAGGUGGUCAGGGUAGUGCCUCAGACGAGCAGGAAUUUGCGGCUGAGCAAGAAUUAGUGUGCAAAUUGGUCCAUCAAGUCGGACACCCUGAUACCGACAAGCUGUUCCAAUUUUACACAAUCUUGAGAAGCUUCUUCGGACCAGGCGGACCGAGGAGAAUGGCCGUAACGCUGCCGGCGCUGCUGUACUAUUAAAUCUUGAAUUUGACUUUACAACGUUUCAUGAAAUUUGAUAGAAGGGAUAUUGGAAGAAAGAGAUUUUGUGCGACAUUACUGGAACUACAUAACAUGUUAACAUGUAAUUCCUUUUUCCGUGAAUCACCACGAUACACCUGAAACGGAUCAGGUAUAAGAUCCUCGAUCUCAUCCCUCGACUGCGGCUCCGAGAAUUAGCGGCCCAAAGCGGUGUGAUCGAUCCGAAGACAGGCAGUGCCUACACCCUUCCUGAAAUGGGCUGCAAGAAAUACUUUCUCUUCGUGCACAAGACGCUAUCAACUGUUAUGCAGGUUCUAAGUAUUCUCAUGACGGAUCCUUUCUAUCUUCGCUUCCCUCUAUAUUCGUCGUCCUAAGUAGGACGGUUUACCCCGCAGCCAUGCAAUAAAAGUCUAUCUUCUUCACUUUUGUCUCUAAUCCGCGUCUGAACACGAAUGCGCCUGAAGCCGCAGUCCAACUAUGGCUCAAAGCCGCCUGCGUCGCAAACGCGAUUGACCAGGGAAGCUGUGUAUUUGGGGAUAUUUGCAGUGAGUUUAUGGAACAAGCCUUAUCAGUCUUCGAGGAAGACGUCCAGGAGUCUCGAGGCCAAUUCCGCUGUAUAAAUCUUAUGGUAGGAGUAUUGCAACAGCUCAAUUGUCUGGAGGAAGCAGUCUACGACGGGUUCUGCACGAAAAUCACGCAGUUUGGAGCGAAGUUGCUGAAGAAACCACAGCAGGUACCUUAAUUCAUGUCGUUGAAAAAUUUCAAUUUGUUUUAAAGUCAGUAGGAUUUCUACGUGAUCCAGAAUGGAGCUCGUUUCGUGUUGUUUAGUGGAGAUAUAAUGCAACAAACGCAAUCGCAAACUCAAUCGCUCUACAACUCAGGUAAAAGCCAUCAACAUUUGUUCGCAUCUCUUCUGGAACAAGACAAGGCAAGCAUCAGGCCAAGUCCAACAGUGCCUCCAGAAGUGCGUCCGCCUGGCCGAGCAGUGCGUUAGCACCAAUCCCUUGAUGCUCAUCCUCUUCAUCGAAACACUCGAUAAUUACAUCUACUUCUUCGAACAUGGCUGCCCUGAGAUCUCUUUGUUGCAGAUCAAUUUAAGGCUUAUAAUAUUGUUAUUCAGAUUCAGAUUCAUCUUAAGAGGCAUCUUGGAAUUGUCAGAGAAAUAAAUGGCUACCAAGAUGCUCUUCAGGAUGAAUAUCGGCAAGGUCUAAUCAACACCCUAGUGACUAUAUGUCGGGAACAUUUGUCGGCACUAUUGCCAAAUACGCAAGGAGGCGAUCCAGAUGCUAUUGAGGAGUUAAAAGAGUAUUUCAAGCAAAUCAUCGACUACCUGCGAUCGAAAUUGACGGACUCAAGAUUCGUAGAUCUGGAUCGAAGUCUGCUGUCGGACGUAGCGGUGCUGGCCUGAAGAUUCUUUCGCUGAUGUAGUAAAGUCCUUUUUCCUGUACAGCUUCUUCUUCAGAGCCCCACCUCCUUCUUUCCCCUCACAACUGUCUAGAUUACCACACGAUGUGGGGUACGCAUGACUACCCUGCCCCGGCUUCUUCAAAGACCUUAUUGAUACAGGUUGAGCCGCAUCAGCCACUCUGUAAAUACCCUUACAACUUUUUCACUCUCGACAAUCGGCGUCACACUGUGUAGUCCCAUCAACCUAAGACAACGUAUUCGAAGAAUAGAGAGAUAUCGAUUUGUUAGCUUAGACUCUGUAUUAAUUUACUCUAUUUUUCAACAUAGUUAGUUCCUCUGAAUACUUUAACACAAAGUAUUAAAGAGAUAACUAGAAGUCGUUGUACCUACUGAUGUAUGUCAUUAUAUCAUUAGUGGCUUGCUAUGCUUAAGCACCGGUAUCAUGACGUGUCACAGACCACUACAUUUUCAGCACCGGUUUUAGGUCAAAAUCGGCCAAAGUUCCGGUGCAGGAAAAGACGCGCUGAUUUUCAAGAUACUUUUGCUGACGAAAAUCAUGAAUACCAGUAACUGUAUAAGAAUCAAGAUAACCCGUUCUACACAGAAACGACUAGGA